AUGGUGCAUCCCGACCUGUUUCCCAAAUCUAUUUCGGACAAGGUGAAUGAUGAUGCUAAGUCGGAUGAGGUGAAGGACGAUGUUAAAAUGCUUGUUGUUGAGAUAGAAGUUCGGCAACAAUUUACAAAUGAUAAAGUUUUCAAUGCUCGUCAACAUAUGCUUGAAUGGGUCCGAAUGGAAGCUAACGAAUUCGGGUUUGGCGUUGUGAUUGGAAGAUCCGACAAUGACACUAGUAGAAUGCAUGCAUUUGUAACGAUGAGAUGCGAGAGAGGUGGAAAAUAUGUUUCAAAAAUUUGGAUGUCAAAACAUGAUGACACCAAAUUGACAAAAUGUAAGUGCCCGUUUAAAUUGCGCGAAUCAACUAGGGUGGAUGAUACAUGGCAGUUUAGUGUUAUUUCAGGUAAACAUAAUCAUUCGUUGGAAACCAAGCUACAAGGUCAUCCAAUUAUAGGUCGACUUAAGUCGGAGGAGAAAUAA